UCAGCUGAGAUUCGAACUCAAUUCCCUUGCGUGACAGACCACUGCACUAUCCACUGAGCUAUACACUAAUCUGUACUGAGUUAAGUUAUUAAUCAAUAUUUUAAUCUAUAAAACAAUUUUUAUUCCAUGAUGACUUAGCAUAUUUGGACAUAUUACUUUCUUAUUUUCUUGCAAAAAUUUUCAAAAUGAAUUAUGUGUAUUAAUUUAACUUGGGACUCAUUUGAUUAUUCUUAAAACAAUCUGCCGAUAAUAUAUGAAUUAUGAAAGCAAACGCUAAAUACAAAACUGUAAAGUUAAAAUCAAAACAACGUAGAUUUCUAAAUCUAUAUGCAGAUCUAAAUUUAUUCUAUAUAAAGGCACCGCUCUGAGUUGCCAAUUCUUAUUCUUUUGUAUAUUGUAUACUUUAAUAGAUCUAAUGUAAGUAUACUGUAGAUUCUAUAGCCGACUAUUUACAAACGUCAGGACUGUAUACUACCAACAAUAAAAGAUUACCAAUGCUAUACACUGAUUAUAAUUUAUAAACAUGCAAAAAAUGUUUUUGUUGUUGAUUUUCCUGAAUUAUACAUAAUAAACACUUACUUCUAAUUCCUCCUCCAUCUUUUAAUGUUUCCUCUGAAUUCCAAAGUCAAUACACUUUAAAAAAAAACUUAAUAACACGAUAAACAGUUUUUCCAUAUUUACAUGUGUAAUACGCAACAAGAGUGACGUCAUUUAAAUCGCUGUAGUGCACAUUUAUUGUCGUGUCAUUAAGACCGGUUUUCUCACGUCGCGCGUCAUAUAUAUAAAUGCGUAUAUAUAUAUAUAUAAAUGUUUCAUCCUAUUUAAAAAAAAUACUUUCGGGCAUAUAAUGCUCGGCCUAGCAGUGCUCUUGUUUCAUAAUCUUAUUCUUCUUUUAAUAUUUUAUAUGUCUGUAAACCUACCAGCAAACACAUUAACCUAGAUUCUAGUGUUAUUAUGUAAAUACAGAAAUCUUGAAUCACAUGAAGUUUUACUUCAAUGCUAGAACUACUGUUAAUUACCUUAUAUAAUAUAACUUAAGACCACCUUUUAUAUCUCAAAACCCUUGAUAUAAAUAUGUAGAAAUUGUUUUUGUUAUUUUAGAUAUAUGUAACUGUUAUUGCUUAUUGACGGUAUGUCAUCCAACAAGAGGGAAGAUCUCUUCUCAAAAUUCACUACGAAGUGUAUCGCCUAGAAUUUCUCCAAAGAACUCUAAUAGGAGCACACCAACUACAUCACCGGAAGCUUCACCAAGGAUUCAGUCAAGGGUUGAGUCUCCCCUUCUUUCUCGUACAGCUUCACCAACAUUAAAGAGAUCAGGGAGUGAUUCUUUAGAUACAGAAAUUUUGAGGACAAGCACAGUGAAAAACUCACCUCAUCCUAAAUGGAAUGAAGAGUUCACCUUGGAUAUAGAGGAUUAUUUGACAGAUGAGAUCCAAAUUUUUCUUUGUGACUCAGACCAACAAGAUGCCAAACAAGAAAAACACCUUGCUGUAAAGAAUUUCCUAAGUGUACUGAAACACAGUAGUGACGCUGAUAAUUCCUACAUUGGCAAGGUCACCGUUCCAAUCAGGGACAUUGCAGCAUUGGGAACAGAUGAAUGGUAUGAUAUCAUGUUAAUGGGAACGAAAGGAAGAUCGAAAGCUAUUGGAAAAUGUCAUUUAAAAAUGGGCAUUUCUUACAAGCAGGAUUUUGAGGAAGCCUAUCAGUUCUCCAGUGAAGAUUACUACCAAGCCUAUAGACAGUUCCUGCAGUACACAUACAUGAAAUCAAAGACUUCGAGAAGUAUUGCCGAUAUCUAUGGUUCAUUAUCAUUGAAAGAUCACAGAAUACUGCAGAUGUUUGCUGAAGCUCAUAGAAUAUCAAAGUUAUCCCAGGCCUUCGUGAAUGUGAUAUGUCUGCUAGAGAUGCAGAAUGAGGGCGGUUACCAUGAACUUGGUGAAGGAAAUCUUCAUGUUGCUCUUGACAACCUUCGCAUGACCUGGGCCACUAUGCAGAUAGGACAGAAAAAUUUCCUUGAUAGAAUGCCACUCACAGAUAUUGAGAUAUCAAACUACAGGAAAGUAGCAGCAAAAUACAUUGAGAAAAAGAGUGACACUCUAACAGAACUAGAAGAGUUGUUUCCACCCACUGUUGAUGGUCUUGAUCUGAUAAGGUCAAAGUUAAGUACAAUAGUACAGUUACUCAGCUUAGAUCUUUGGCACCAGGAGUGCAAGGCAAAGAAAGAAAUAUCUGAGAAGAUCACAAACAAGUUACAUGAAGAUGCUAGUUUGUGGAUUGACAAAGAACUUGAAGAUAUUGAUGAGACUAAUUUAGAAAUUAAAGAUAAAAUCAUACCAGAGAUUGAAAGAUAUAUCAAUUUGGUAGACACGGUUACCUCCCAUUGUACAGUGUUACCUGCACUGAGGCAGUUCUACAAUGGUCUCUCUGUCAACUAUUACAGACUAGUUAGCUUUGCUAUGGAACGAAAGAUCUCUACAAAAUGUCUGAAAAUCAUGGAGAAGAUGAACAAAUACAAAAAACGCUACAACAACUUUUCUGUAAACAUAAUGCUGGCAAGCAGACAAACGCUGCGCCUUUAUUUCUCUCUCAGGAAACUACACUCGGUUAUCAGGGAUAACAUUAGUAGAAGGGAAUUGUUCAGGUUGAAUGUGUUCCAUUACCAGGAGUGGUUUGAGGUCUCUAUGGUUUACUGGUUACAGACAUUUAGGUCAGAGUGUAUACAACGCAUGGAGAAAGCAUUAGAAAUAGAUAAAGAUGUUGUUGUGGUGACAAAUCUAGUGAAAUAUUCACAUUCAUCUGUAGAUGUCUUGUCCUGCUUUUCCUGUGUGAUAGAUGAAUGGAGGAAAAUAGAUUUCCGUGAUCCAGAUUGUGCCCUGCUUGGAGUAACAAAAAUCACUGAUAUUAUUUGUGAUGGUGCCCGUCUGUAUGCAGAAAAGAUUCACUCCAUCCUAGAAAGAAAUUGUUACUACGAUGAUAAGCUGAAUGCAGAGUUUGACGUCAAUGAUAGGUUGUGUAUUACACUGAACAACAUAGAGCACGUACGUAUGUACCUCAGUGGAUUGUCAAGCCUCCUGGCCUGGGACAACAUAAUUAUGAUGAUAUCCACACGUUACUGUAACGAUGCUAUAGGACAUCAGGCACAAGGCACUCUUCAACGUCUGGUUGACCUAUCUAAUGAAGAAAUCUUGAUUAAAAGUGCAAAAUUGCUGAAACAAAUCUGUGAGAAAAUGAAGGGUGAUAUUGAACGUUACAUGGAAAUAUUUACCAAGAAAGAGCCUAAGAAAGUGUCUUCUGUGGACAAAUUUCUUGGAUAUUUGAACACUAAUCUACAAACAUUGAACAGCCAGCUGAUGCCAGACAUCUACCCAUAUGUACAUGAGCAAUUAUGGGAAUUAAUUUUGAAAUCCCUGGACAAGCAGCUCCUCACAGGGCAACAACCAGAGUACUAUGACAAGAUGAAGACUCAUCUACGGGCGAUAACUUACUUCUUUCAACGGACAGGUCUUGAGGAACAAAAACUGUAUAACAUGCUGCAUGAUGAUUUCAAAACAAGGCUGGAUGAUAAUUCUAAAAGAUCUGAAGAACUAAUGCGCCUAUACUACAAUCAACUAGCCACAGAUGUUGUAACUCCGACAGAAAGUUACGGACAUCUUGCGUUUAAAGUAGCAUACAUGGAAGAAACUCGGGGGAAUGUCACAGUGUAUGUCACAGUGUUACGUGGCAAUAAUCUCCCAGGUCUGGAUGCAUCUGGAUACAGUGACCCAUACGUAGAAGUCAGUUUACAGCCACAACGAAUGUUUGGAUUUACUCGUUCACAGAAGACACAUGUAGUAAAACAGACAUUAAACCCAGUGUUUAAUGUAACGUUCCAGUUCCCAAAUGUUUCUAAAGAAUGCCUUGACAAGUUGGGAACAUGCAUUUUGUUUUCCGUUUUUGACCAUGACACUAUCGGGAGGGAUGACUUUGCUGGGGAAAUCAUAGUUCAUAUGUCUACAAUCCUGAAGAUCGGUAUUGACAAAUCAAUGGACAGGAUGCCAGCUAUGAUUAUGCCAUUAAAGAGGCCAAAACGACCAGUGGAUGGACCAUAUGUUAUAUUAGCACAACGUGACUGGGAUAAAGAUGCCAAGAAGUUCAUCAAUGAUCGUUCACGGUUUAUUGACCACCAGCCAAAGCCCUUACACAGAUAUUCAUUCACUGGAAAAGGCUUUUUCUCCAAUUUGUUUGCAAAUUUGACGAAUUAGUUCUUGGCUGGAAAAUUUAUUUAGAUCAGAGUUAGCCACUUAAUGAGGAAUAGAUAUUGUCACAAAGAUAUUUUUUCCAAACAAAGAGAUUAUCCAUUUUAUUAAUCUGUGUAGUAAUAACCUGUUGUUAAAGGAAUAUUUUUAUCAAAGAAUUUUCAACAUAUUAUUAUGUAUUUGUAAUUUUGUGGACUUGUAAGGUUGACUUGACUUAAAGAUCUGGGAGUUGUUAUACAGUUCCAUUCUGUUACUAACAAUAAACAUGGAAACCUUA